GAUGGAUAUAGGGAACCGCGGAAACCACAAAGAGAGAGAGAGAGAGCGGACAGGUGAAGAGGGAGUAAACAACCCCCAUCUCCUUGAAAUUUCUUGAAAAGUAGCAAAAGUUGACUCAAUUCGAUCAUGAAUCGCUCCGUUGGACGCAUUUGCCAAAUCUCUCGUGGAUUGUUUACCAAGAAGGCUGUUUCUCCGGUUUCCAGAGCCUACAGCAGUGAAGCCAAAUUGAGUUGGUUGGAAGAAGUCGAAGCUGAGCAAGAACACGCCAAACGCUCCAGCGAAUUCUGGAAGAAGGUGACCUACUAUGUCGGCGGUCCUGCUUUGGUUUUAUCAAGCUUGAAUGCUUAUUACAUUUACAAGAAACACAAAGAACACGCCGAGCAUCAUCAUGAUCCUGAAAUCGAUGUUCCUUAUACAUUUGAAAACUUGCGUUUCAAAAAGUACCCUUGGGGUGACGGAACCAAGACUCUCUUCUGGAAUGACAACGUGAAUCAAAUCAAGGGCACCGACUAAAAAGAAAGGGAAAACUUUUCUUUCUUGUUUGACAAGCUGUCCUUCUUUUCAGUUUUCUUUUCAUAUCUGUGUUUCGUUGUGAGCCUUUGUAAUAUGUUUCAUUGUGAAGCGUAUUCUAUGAAAGGUAAUAUAAAGUUUGAUUGCAUGCUUUCUUUGAACUUUUUUUUUUCAAUUAGGUAGUUCAGAAAUAAUACUUUUACUGAAUUCCGCGUGAUUCUUUUCUCGUCUAAUCAAGUAUUAUUAUUUCAUUGUUUUUAUGUUAAGAAGAGGAAGGACACACCAAUACUAAACCAGAACUAGAACCAGAACCAGAACCAGAACCAGACCAGACCAGAGUAGAUAGACCAUUUUCGGUAUCUUGAGGG